AUGGCGGUACAGGGCGCCUCUAGAGCAAACACAAAUCGAAACGCUAACGAUUUUGAGCCACCGCCAGGAUACGUACCUGCUCAUCUAUCUAGCGACGAAACGGCAUCGCAUGGUGACGAAGUAUGGGUAAUUCGCGUUCCUGAUGGCGUGGAUGCUCGUGCUUUGGAUGGCGUCACGAUACCCUUGGAAGCACUUGAAUCAGCGAGUAGUUCGCCUCUUGCGAGUGUUCGUGUGUCAGAGACGGAUACAUAUGACGUUCUACAAGCACGUGGCUCUUCCUCGUCUUCAUCGAAGGCGCCAUCUUCCGCGCAGCCAGCAGCAUCACAGCUCAUUGAGAUGGCUGCACCAACAACGACAGGCCAUGUAUUUUUAGAUGAAGAGUUUUUGCGCUCGGAACAAAAUGCAGGUGUGGCGGCCGAGCUCCAGAGUAUAUGUGCAUUGAUGCCUAGUGGAUCGAAUGGGUCUUCAUUGCGUAUGACGCCUGUGUCACGGCGUUUCUAUAUGGCACGCCAAGCUCCCUCGAGCCUUUACCCGCAUGGAAUUCCAGUGCCAGUUCCACCCAAACAUAAACAGCCAUGGGAUCGGCUUCAAGGUGUAUUUCAUCCAGCGGGAUCACAACGCAACGCGCCUACAUCGCGCGCGAAAGGCACCGACGAUGUUGACCGGAGACGAAAUGAGCAUGAUGCGGAUGAAGUGAAUGCUGAUGCAGAGGCCAGCACACAGGAUGCCGAUGCCAAGCUUGACAAGGCGCAGAAGAAACGCAAAAAAGAGGCUGGUGAGGACUCAAGUAAGGCUGAAAAGAAGAAGAAAAAGAAGCAAAAGUCGUAG